AGAUGCUUGAUGGGUCAGCAGCUAGAUUACCUUCUGACGAAAGGUUUUAUCCGGCCCAGCACGUCACCAUACGCCGCCCCGAUACUGUUCACGCCAAAGAAGGAUGGAGGAUUCAGAAUGUGUAUUGACUACCCCGCGCUCAACCGGAUCAUCAUCAAGUCGCGUUACCCGAUCCCGCGAGCCGACGAACUGCUCGACCAACUUCGCGGCGCCAAGUUUUUCUCGAAAAUGGACUUGCAAGGCGGUUACCAUCAGAUUCGCGUCGCCGUAGAAGAUUGUCACAAGACGGCAUUUCAAACCCGCUACGGCAGCUACCAGUACCUGGUGAUGCCUUUUGGCCUCACGAACGCGCCCUUGACCCUCCAAAUGACCAUGAAUGGAAUUUUCAAGGAACUCUUGGACAAAUGUGUCAUCAUCUACCUCGACGAUAUACUAAUCUUCAGCCACAGCAGGGAGCAGCACUUACAGGAUCUUGAUGCAGACUUCACGCUGCUGCACAAGAAUCGCCCCAUCACCAAUGGAUCUAAGUGCGACUUUCUUAAGCAGGAGUUGGAGUUCCUGGGCCACUUGCUAUCUACUGAAGGAGUGAAAAUCGACCCCAAGAAAAUCAAGACCAUACAGGAAUGGAAGCCGCCAAGCAACAUCAAGGAGCUGCAGAGUUUUUUGGGCUUCGUCAAUUUCGUCUGCAGGUUUAUACCCAAUAUGGCUGGGUUAUCUGCACCGCUAACUGACUGACUCAAUGAUCACGAUUGUUUUUGG